AUGGCCGAUAGUAGUCAUCAACCUCAGACAGAAGACUUCAAAGUAUACAAACCGGCGCGAGAGGGGAUCACCCAUUUGCAUGCUCUACCCGAUUCGUACUUCACGCCGACCGCUGCGGACUUGAAGGCUGCUCAAGCGACACUCUCAUCGCGGACAAAGGCAUUAGUAGACGCUCCACUACAGACGAGGUCUGUGCGGGAAGCACAAGAAGUAGCCAAGAAAGCCAGAUGGCCACACACCACCAUUCGCGUCAAGUUCCCAGACAGGACUCAGUUGGAGAAGGUCUUUCUGUCCACUGACAAGAUUCGCUCUGUAUACGCUUUUGUGCGCCCGUUGCUUCGAGAGGAUGUUAGACCUAUCAAGUUCAUUCUAUAUCAAACCCCGCCGAAGCGCGACCUCAAAGUUUCGGAUCCUAAAGUACGGGACCUGUCGUUAGUAGAUCUUCAGCUGGCACCGUCAUCUGUUCUCCUACUUCGAUUCGAGGAUGAAUCUUUGAAUGGUACACAUGUCCCAGCACCUCUACUACCCGAGGUCCUAGAAAAGGCUUUCGACCUGCCAGUGCCACCCGAUUAUGACGAUAGCACACCAAGUACUGUAGCAUCCUCAUCGUCUACCACCUCCAAGAGUGAUGUCGCCCAAACUGGGGAGAAGAAGAUACCCAAGUGGCUGAAGUUGGGGCUUAAGAAGUGA